AUCACUCGAUACUUUCGCGCGUAAUACUACUGUACGUCAUUACGACCUUAAACGUGUGGGCGUGGAAUUGAAUGGAGCGGUAUACAAACUGGUAGAACAGAAUCUGAACGCAGUCUACCUUUGGAACAGUGUGCAGUUUUAUUGUCUUGUUCAUAAUGAACUGCGAACUUCUAGCAACUUGCAGUGCCUUGGGAUACCUGGAAGGAGAUACGUACCAUAAGGAAUCAGACUGUUUAGAGGGUGUCAAGGAUUUGAUUCGCUACCUGCGUCAUGAGGACGAUUCCAGGGACAUACGUCAGCAGCUGGGGGCAGCUCAGAUUCUGCAGAAUGACCUGCUGCCCAUGGUGGUUCAGCACCAUCAGGACAAGGCCCUGUUUGAUGCCGUGAUCAGAUUAAUGGUAAACCUGACUCAACCUGCUCUGUUGUGCUUUGGAAAAGUCCCUCAGGACCCAGUCUUCAGACAUCACUUUUUGCAGGUGGUGUCCUACCUGCAGGGCUACAAAGAGGCUUUUGCUAAUGAAAAGGUGUUUGGUGUUCUCAGUGAGAAGCUGUAUGACUUGUUGCAGUUGGAUUGGGAGCAGAGGCAGGAAGAAGACAACCUGCUUAUUGAGAGGAUUCUAUUACUUGUCCGAAAUAUCCUUCAUGUUCCAGCUGAUCCUGAUGAGGAGAAGAAAGUGGAUGAUGAUGCCAGUAUACACGACAAAGUUCUCUGGGCAAUCCACAUGAGUGGAAUGGAUGACCUGAUAAAGUUUUUGGCCAGUUCUCAGACUGAGCAGCAGUGGACACUACAUGUUCUGGAGAUUGUGUCGCUUAUGUUCAGAGAACAGACCGCUGAAGUGCUGGCGAGCACAGGGCAGUCACGGAGCACAAAGGAGAAGGAGAAAGACACACAUGAACUGGAUCUUCUCAGACAGCGAGAGAUGGCAGAGAAAAAGAGUCGAAACUUUCAUCGUGGCUCCAGGCAUUCUCGCUUUGGAGGCUCGUAUAUUGUCCAAGGUCUGAAGGCCAUCGGAGACAGAGAUGUUGUCUAUCAUAAAGCUUUGCAUAAUUUUAAAAGUUACAGUCAUGAUACUGGGAAAGCGAUUCGGAAGGUCCCAAAGAGAAAACAACUGGCAAAGGAGACCCUGGAGAAACGCCGUUCUGCCAUAAAUGUUAGACUCUUCCUGAAAGAGUUCUGCAUUGACUUUUUAGAGAGUUGCUAUAAUCGUAUAAUGUACUUGGUCAAGGACAACUUGAUUCGUGAAAAGAGCGAGCAGCAUGAUGAGACAUAUUAUUUGUGGUCCAUGGCUUUCUUCAUGGCAUUCAAUCGGAUGUACCGCUUUCGGGCAGAACUAGUUUCAGAAACUGUCAGUGUGCGGACUUUUCACUUCAUUGAUCAGAAUCUUACUACCUAUUAUGAAAUGAUGCUAAUGGACAAGAAAGAAUACACAUCUUGGUCAAGACGAAUGCACUUGGCUUUGAAGGCAUACCAGGAGGUACUGAUGACUAUUAAUGAAAUGGAUCAUGCAAAAGACGAGGUUGUGCGAGAAAGCAGCAAAGUUAUCAAAAACAAUAUCUUCUACCUGAUGGAAUUCCGUGAGCUGUUUUUAACCUUAUUCAGGAAAUUUGAUGAGACCAAACAGCCCAGAUCUUUUCUGAAAGACCUUGUGGAAACCACACACCUUUUCCUCAAGAUGCUUGAAAAAUUCUGCAAAGGCAAGAACAACAUCCUUGUUCAGAAGAAGAAAGUAAAAAGAAAAAAAAAGUCCAAAGCACAUCCUCAAGCACAUGGGGCUCAGGCACGGUCCCCUGCAGAACUGGAGAAGCUGUGGUGCUCUCUAUCAGAACAGCUUAGUAGCUGUGCCAAUAACACAGAAGGUGUCUCAGAGGAGGUGGUGCCAUUCGAUGCUGCUUCUGAUAUCCCAGUCGAGGAGCAGAGGGUGGAAGCUAUGGUGAAAAUUCAGGAUGCACUUCUUGCAAACAGAGGGGCAGAAGCUGUGUCACUUCUUCGAGCUGCAAGGGAAGUAUGGCCUGAAGGAGAUGUAUUUGGUUCCCCCAACCUAGAGCUGGAAGAAGAACUACUGCUUCUGAAACAGAUACUAACUGUUGAGCUACCAAGGCAGUCACCACCUGAGCCAGAGGAUACUGAAGAGCUUGACAAUGAGGUAGAAGAUGAAGAGAUGGCAUCUGUUCAGGUUUCAGAAACUGAAUUUAAUUUCAUGGAUUAUAUGAAGAGGUUUGCCAACUGUAAUGUAAUAAAGCCCUACUUUCUGUUGCUGAAGAACUAUAUGAAAAACAGUUCUCAUACAAACCACUGCAUUGUGAAGAUGCUACAUAGGAUAGCUUAUGACCUCAAAAUGGAUGCCCUUCUGUACCAGCUCUCAGUUUUCUGUCUGUUCAACAAAAUUGUCUCUGACCCUGCAGCAAGUACUUAUAAGGAGAUGGUGGGUUUGGCUAAAUACAUCCUGAACAAAUUCUUCACUCUUGCGGCAACAAACCACAAAGCCUUUGUGGAGCUGUUAUUCUGGAAGAACACUAAUACUAUUCGGGAAAUGUUUGAAGGCUAUCAGAAGCCGAUCGAUGGAGAGGGAGAUGGACGUAAAAAGCCCACUAAGUGGACCCCGGCAGAAGAAGAAGAGCUGAGAAACCUCUACCUGAGGUUCAAGGAAGUAGAAGAUGUGGAUGUAAUUGAGAAUAUUAUGGCCCACCUAAAGCAGCAGAAAAGAACACGGAAACAGAUAGCAAAUCACUUGGUGUCCAUGGGUCUGGCAGACAGCAUCAAGGAGUUCAAACGCAUAAGGAAGGGCAUAGGAAUAGUCAUUUGGACAGAAGACCAAGAGAUGGAAGUGCAGCGUUUGUUUGAAGAAUUCCAGGAAACAGACGAUGUUCUUGGAAAUAUAUUAAAGAACAUCACUGUGAAACGAUCCAGAGCGAAAAUUGUUGAGAAGUUGAUCAGUAUGGGCUUGGUGUCUGACAGAAAAGAGCUGCAUAAGAAGAGAAAGAAGAAAGGAAAACCUGCUCACAUGACAGAGGAAGAAUUUUUAAAUGAGUGUGGUGUGGAUGCCCGUGAAGGCAUGUUAUCAGAUGAAGAGGAGCUGUCUGAUGAUUAUGAUGAUGAUGAAGAUGAAGAUGAUGAUCAUGAUCGUGAACUGGCUGAAUACAAAGUCCAACGCAGGAAAAAAGAAGAGAAGAUGUCGAAGCAAGAAGAUAGAGCUAGCACUGGUGGACCUUCAGACAGAGUCUUGCAAGGACUGGUGCGUGUAAUGCACCAAGAAGGUCUCGCUGGACCUGUCUUGUGGCUCCAAAACUGUUUAAACAGAACAGCUGAUAACAGAGAAGAAGACGGAAUAUCUCCACCUGUGCCUAUCGUACCCCUUACUGAGGAGAAUGAGGAUGCUAUGGAAAAUGAGGAAUUCCAGAAGCUGCUGAAGAAAGUGGGAAUACGACCCCCAGCCAAUGAGCAGGAGUCAUUUUGGCGAAUCCCUUCAAAACUGAGUCCAGAGCAGCUUCGAAGACUGGCCACCUGUCUUGUCCUGCGGGAGGACCUGGAUGUCACUCAGACAAGUGAGGCAGAAAAGGAGCAGCAUCACCCACAGAGUGACAAAUGUCAACAGACACCCAGCGAAGAGCCACAUCAACCAUCUAGUGACAAGCAACAGCAGCUGCCAAAUGAUGGACAACAGCAGCCAUCCAAUGACAAGCAGGAAAAUCAACCCAGUGAAGAACAGCGGGCUGAGGCACUGAGAGCUUUAAUGCAGGCUCGCAAGAAGAAACGCACCCCCAUUUUACAAGAAGACAAAGUGGUUGAGGCAUCAACGACAGUGGAGAAUAAAUUGGAAGCUGAUAACAGUGAUAAUGAGAUGAGAGUUGAAAAGAAGGCUGCAUCAAAGCGAAGUCGACUAGUUGAUAGUGAAGAUGAGGACAUGGAGGCAACAGCAGAGGCUGCAGAAUCAAGAAACUUGGAUAAAGCACAUGCUGAACCAGAAUCAGACAGUGAAGAAAACUUGAUACCUGUCAAACGGAAACGCCCCCGAAUAGAAGAGGAGGAGGAGGAUUAAUACUGAUGGUAGAAGUCUGUCCGCCCUAGAGGGUUGUCUGUUAUGAAACCUGAGACAGAGAUUUGAAUUUGUUUACUUCACAGCAUGCUUUUAAAAUCGUAUGCAGCAACUUCAUUAUUAGAAGAAAGAAAACUGAGCAGAACAUUAUGACUGUAUGUAUGAGUGUGACAGUGGUGUACUGCUUUCAUAGAUGCAGCUGUAGAGCACAACUUAAUUCCCUCUUUUGAAAUGUUGACAGUUUUCUAUGUUUGAUGCCUACUUACCCAGCUUGAAAAUGCAGGAAUCAUCUGACUAGGCUUCCAUUUCAGAAUAUUUGGUUCCUACUUCCAGUCACAGUGACUUUGUAUUGUGAAUGAAGUUGCAGCAUUAUGUUUCCUGUUGAAAUGUUAUCUGUAAUAAUUAGGUAAAGACCGUCUGUCCAUGGAUGGUACUCUCGGAUACAAGCUGUUUUUUUCUGGCUGAAAUUCAACAGUGGUAAAUGGAUGUACACUGUUGGCAACUUUUUGAAGCAGAUUUGUGGUGCAGCAAACUUUGGCUUUAAUCUUGAUCGGUCCGCAGUAGAUCAGAGUACAUACAAGGGAAUUCUUUGAAAAGAAGGUCAGUUAAAGGUAGUAUCAGGACUAUAGACUCCAUGACUUCUGUUAUAAGAAUUGUUAUAUAUUAUUUUUCUACAACAAGGUGCUAUGAGAACUGUUUGUGUGAGCUAUGCUUUUUGGUACUGUGUUGUUGGACAUGAUAGAAGGCUCCUCCCCUUUUUGGCUGUUUGAACCCUUUUUUACAUUCUGAUAAUGCUAGUCCUAACAUGCCCUUAAGUAACAGCUAAACAGAAACACAAGGCUAAGGAUGUCAUUGCAAUGCAGUUCUCUUCAUCUAGCACAUGGCAGGAGCUUUUUACUCAUGCAGGCUCAAGGUAGUGAGUUUGCUAGGCUCUUAUUUUGCAGGAUAUUUGUAUUGUCAUCCACAUAGUCUGACAUUACAGAGUACUGGGAAAAGAAGAAUUGAAAUACUGAAAAAUGCAGAAUUUCAUGAAGCCCUGUUUCUUUGCUCAACACUAUGGCCUGACCAAAAGCAGAGAGUUUCAGUUUACAUGACUAGACAGGCGAGGGAAGAUAGCAUUGUUGAUACACCAUGCAAGCUCUUGUGUGUCACCUGCAGGAAUUGAGUAUAACCUCUUACGAUUACCAUAUUUAAGCUUUAUAGUUGUUAUUACAAACUGAAUUACCAGCAAACCCAGAAAUCAUUUGUUGUUUUUAAAUAGCAGUGUUGCAUACAAUACUUAUACUUGUACAGCAGGUUUCUUCCCUUUAUUUUUAAACUCCUUGUCUUAAACUGCAAGUUUUGAUUUUUAAUCAUUACACUUUCUUACACUCUUGGCAGCAGGUCUAGUCAUCUGCUGGUGUGCGAACAUUGGCUCUAGAUGAUGGUCACUGCUGGCAUGACACCUCGAUUCCAUGUGCAAAAAUAGGGAAAAAGGAGGUUGUGAAUGGAUGGACUUUUCUCACUCUCACAUCUUAGGAAUAGUCUUUGGAUGAUUUUGCUUGACUGGCAUCAGUCAGCUGUUAAUUAGGCAUGUUUUCUAGUUAUUUUACCACUUAUUUUGUGGCUGUGUUCCAAAGGUUAUAUCUGUAAGUCACUAUCAGGGUUUAUCCUAUAGUUCUAGGUUUGAUUGCUUAGAUGCUAUUUUGUAUAUGGUAUUACUUUGAGCAAGUCAGUUUACUAGCUAAGACCUUCUGGGUCAACCUUAGAAAGACUCAUUUGUGCCUAGUGAUGCUAACUGGUUUAAUGAAGGAUUAAAAAAAAUAACUGAACCUAAAUAUUGUAAGUCUAAGUAUAGAAUAUACAGAUACAAGUCAUGAUAUUCCUAUGUUUUCUGCUUAAAUUGGGCUUUUAGUUAACUUGUAAAAUAAUGCUGACUCUUACCCUGAUGGUGUAGAGGCUGGUCAUCUGACUGUUAUCUGGUGACCUGAGUGUAGAAAGGGACUUUAUCCUAUCCUUGCUGGUCAGUCUUACCCAUGGCUUAAGUGCCUGACAGCUGGCUCUCCAAUCCCAGGAGAUGGUUGGGAGAAUCUGAUGCCUGUGUGACCUGUGGUGGAGAUCAGGAAUGUUAGAUGUCCAUCCACUUUUAUAACAAGGGGCCAGCUUCAGCAUCUCUAAUAUUAUUACACUAGCCACUCAUUAAUGUAUAGACUUUGAGCAAUAUCAGUAAGAAUAUUGGCUUCUGGCUGCACGCAUACAACUGCCCAGGGUGAUCCCUACCUCCCAGGGACUAGAAAAAGAGUUGCCACUGAUAUAAACUUCCCAAGGAGUUGGGAGCUCACCUGGCAAGAGGAUUAUGCCAGGGGUACCUGGACAAGAGCAGUUGAGGUAUCCAGGGUUUGGGCAAGUAUGGAAGGUGGGACAACAGCAAGACUGCUAUAUGAUACCUGGAGGAAGCCAUUAAAAAUAGUGCUGACUCUGCAACAUUUUUCUGCUAUCUUAAAGUUCACCUUUUCCUUUAGUAGAAUUUUCCACUUCACCCUUUUGAUCUGUUGGUCUUUUAUAGUGCUGGUGCUUGUAAGAUCCCUUUUCCUGUAGCAGAAUGAUCAGUACAAAAUAAAAAGCUUGAUCUAAAAUUAGGGGCGUUUUAAGUGAGAAUGUUUUUAGUUAUUGUGUGAAGUAAUUGUAUCCCAUUAUGUCUGUAUAAUACAGAAAUUGUACAUUUGUUUUGCAUAUGUUUCUGUGGGGUCUGAAAAUUGUCUUUUUAUUAAAAACAGUAUUUACCCUUUUUACUGCAAAUGUAAUUUAUUUUCCAAAGUGUAAACUGUAUAAAUGUUCAUUGUUGAGAGUUUGACUCGCAAAAAAGCUUGCUAUCCCCCCCCCCAAAAAAAAUUUUUGAUUAAACAGUAAAUGUUAAUUUUACAGCAGUCCUAACUACACUGAGUUUUGGAUGAGAACAAUGCACAAUAUUGCAGAUUUCAAAUCUUGUUAAAUAUUCGACCCACCCCAGCCUUUCUUCACAAAAGACUAUAUUAGGUCUGUAUUCAUACACUGGGUUAAUACUUAAACUUCGCAAUUUCAGCUGUUACAAAGAUGAAUGUAUUUAAUAAAAUACAAGGAACACAAACUGCAUCUCAUUUAGAAAAUUGAUGUUACAGCCAGCUAAGACUACAUGUGUAGUUUAUAAAAAAUGUAAAGUCACAUUUUAUUCUGCAUUAAAUGCCAUGCUUGCUUCUUAAAAAAUUCCACCUUCUGUUUUAAGAUGCAUUGAGCUGCUGCUUCUGGCUGUAAAAAAGCUAUAUUUUCUCAGAAGAAGUUACUCACAGUCCAGUAAGUAAAAGAAAAGGCAUGCAAGACUCUAGACCCUUAUGUAAUAAAUUCUAACAAGACCUAUACGUUUUUUUUUUUUUUUUUUGCUACAAAGUGCCUAAAGGUGUUUACAUUCCACUGCUGUAACUGCAGGAAUGGCAUGUCUUCUGUAUUGCUAUAUACAGUAUGGUGCUUAAAACAUUUGGACUCAUUUCCUUUCUCUGAAAGUGGUAAUAGACUAGUAUAAGAAAAUCAAGAAGCUAUCAAAACGUAUAAAAAAUACUAAGCCCAGUUUGUUGUCUGUUUUCACAACCAAUGAUCAACUGAAGCCAACUAGGAGCUAGAUGCUUGAAAAAAUAUUAAUUUGCAUAUGAUGUUGACAGAGCAUGCUAGCAGAAAUAGUGCCAGAAGACGUAUUUUACUAACCAUGCAGCAUAGCCAUCAGUUGGCAGACUUAUGUUAUGUCUUGCAUUUUAAAUCUGCUUGUUUAGGCAAAUAAUACUGUGCUGCUAAACAGACUAAGAAUAAUUUCUUUGUGGUGCUCAGAAACUAAUAUUUUAUUAUGUAUUAUUUAUUUUACAUUUGUUGACCGGGCUAGUCUAACUGGAUAGAUGUCCAUUUUCAGUAGAGGCCCGGGGAGAUGAGCACCAAGACAGAAAUUAUAAAACAAAUAACAGCAACAGUCAUAUAUACAAUGCAUAUUACAGGUUAACACAGAAUAUUCAGCAAGGACAAAAAUCAUAACCGUGCAAAAUGCAGGUACAAUACAACAUACAGGUACAAUACAUAAUAAUAAAUAAUCAUAAUGGUAAAAUAAAUAAUAAUAAAUCUUAGGGGGGGGGGUUGUGCAUAGGGGUAGACCCCCAGCCCCUCACAUACACUGCUGUUCCCCAGCACUUCCCAGUGUAAUCAAGUGGCUUGCCGUUCUUUUUCUUUACUGUAUCCUUAUGAUUGAAUCGUGUAGCUUCGUAUGUGCUAAAGUGCCAUUUUCAAUCACUAGGUAAAUAAAGUUAAUAUCUGGUGUGGCUUACAAAUGUAGUCAUUCAUCCAUUAACACAAAGAACUGUACACUUCAGUUGUCAGCUCUUUUAGAAAAGCUCCAUGUCAUUAAAGGACUGCACAUCAUUCCCAACCUUUGCUCCCCCCUCCCUCCCACAGCUGCAUCAAGUUUUCUUUUGUGUUCCUUUUGUACGUUUAAAGAACACCUCUUUGACUUGGCGGAGUUGGGGAGUGAGACUUAAGUCUUCCUAGGCAAAAUACAGCAUCCAGGCAGUCAUAGCUCAAAAGGCUUGGUAUCCUAGUUCAUCAUCUUUGUGACAUACUGAACCAUAAAAAGCACUAGAACCAAGUGGAACCAAAUAAUCACAAUCCACAGAUUAAGAUUUUCAAUGUACAGUAAUUACUUGCUUGUUAAAGGAAUUAUCUGAAAGCAUUUCAUGGCAGGUGACAAAGCAACUGACUUGCAUUCUUGAGUCAAGAUCCAUCAUGUUAAGUAGAGACGUGCAUGUUUGGAAAUGAGUGCAAUAAUUAUAUAACGUUUUAUAAUUCAAUGAUUUUUGAGCAGUCAACACAAACGGCCCUCAGGAUAUUUUUAACCUGUAUUCAUUGCUGAUGUCUAGGUUUCCUUUAUGUAAUUAGACAACCCAGAGUCAUUAAACUGAUGGAAAAUAAAUUGCUGAGCAUAAGAAGUUUUUUUUUGCAGUAAGAGAUGACUGCCUGUGCAGUUCUGUUUACUUAAAGGUCGGAUUGCUACAGCAUUGACAUUUGUACUGAUUCAGUACUUUUCACAGUGAGGCAGUGUGAGCACAGUGCAAAAGAUCACAAAAGUGAUAUCCUGCAUGAAUAGUGGGGAGCUAAGGAUGUACGCAAGUCAAGUAAAAAAAAAAAAAAAUUGGUCUGCUAAUUCAAAUUCCAUAGAACUCAUUUACUCAUAAAUGAUCAGGACUAACAGUUUGUUUCAGCCAUCCAUUUUGUGGUUUUUGCCACCAGAAAGCUGUGGGAUUUUUUGGCUAGAAACAAUUUGCCAGCAAAAAGUUUCCAAUUUAAUUUGUUGCGUUACAGUAAUUAUAAGUAAAAUAAAAUGCUGAACCUGAUGACAUUGAGCAUAUCACACCACACACUGCAGUUUCACAAAUUAAACGAGAAUUAGUGCUACUGAGUUGUAUAGGGUUGUUUCAGAAUAAUCCUUUAUUGAAGAUUUCUCUGUUUAAUCUGAAUGCAUAGAAUGGCAUCCAUAUUAGAACUGCCAAACUAUAUUGUAUUCUUUGCAACCAUUUACAUCCAAAAGAAUAACAUUUUAAUUCUCAGUCUUGUCCUGAAAUAGCAUACUGAUACUAAUUGUGGUGCAUUUAAGAGAUGUCAUUUUUCUAGCUUCAUUUUGCUUACAGCAGACAAGCAGUUAUUCAUGUUUUACAGUUUAACCAGUGGCUUGGGAUGAGGGCACAACCAAGAAUCCAUUGUGGUGUUUUUCUUGCAACACCUCAAGAUCCUUUUAAAAAAAAUAAAUUUACUGUAUUUCUUAGUGGCAGAGAGUUGGAGACUAUAACUGUAAAAAUCUAAGACUAGAUAAGAAUGCCAAAGAUGAUUACAAAAUCUGAAUGUAGUUACAGAGUAGAUGUAAUUUAGUCAUGUAUAUACACAGCUCACUGUAUAUAAUGUAGUCCAGUGAUUUUCAUGUGAACUUAAUCUGCUGAUUUUACUAUUUUUCACAUGUCCACUUUUUUCUUCAGAUGUUUCUUCAGGUGUUAUGCCGAAUGUUUAGACAUAUAUAUAUAUAUGGAAAUACAUUUUGAAGUUGUCCAGGGUUUGUUUGUAUUUAAUUUCUACUGUGUUUUUAUAGUUUAUAUGGGGUUAAUUCAUUUUUGAAUAUUUUAUGAAUGUAAUU